GGCAAAUCGAAAAAAACUAUUGCAAACAAAAAACAAAAAACCAUUAUGUUAUCAAGCGAUGAUGAUGAUAAUUCAUCACAAUUAUUGGCAGUAUCAACACCGAAACAGCCAUCACUUCGUGUUCGUAAAGUGAUAAAUUAUAAAGAAUAUACCAAUGAGGAAUCGGAUGUCAAUGAGGAAUCUGAUGUCAAUGAGGAAUCGGAUUAUAAUUCUCAAGAUAAUGAUGAUACUGACGAAUCGGAUGAUAACUUUCCUGAUAAUGACGAUAAUGAGGAAUAUCAUUGAAGAUUUCAUUGUAAACUCAAUUCUAAAUAAUUUGCAUUGAAAUAAAUUUAUAUAAAUAAAUAAAAACGAAAAAAUUAAA